UUCUGCUACCGUCGCCUGCAGUACCUGAGCUCCAAAUUUCAGAUGCACAUCCUGCUUAAUGAAAUGAAAGAACUGGCGGCACAGAAAAAAGUCCCACACCGAGAUUUUUACAACAUCCGUAAGGUUGACACACACAUUCACGCCUCUUCCUGCAUGAACCAGAAGCACCUACUGCGAUUUAUCAAAAGAGCCAUGAAGAAGUAUCCCACGGAGAUAGUUCAUGUGGAGAGAGGGAGAGGUCAGACGCUCAUGGAGGUGUUUGAGAGCAUGAACCUCACAGCCUUUGACCUCAGUGUAGACACUCUGGACAUGCAUGCAGACAGAAACACUUUCCAUCGCUUUGAUAAGUUCAAUUCCAAAUACAAUCCCAUCGGUGAGUCCAUCCUGAGAGAGAUCUUCAUCAAAACUGACAACCACAUCCAGGGGAAAUACUUUGGCCACAUCAUCAAGGAGGUGAUGGCCGACCUGGAGGAGAGUAAGUACCAGAACGUAGAGCUGAGACUCUCCAUCUACGGACGCUCCAGAGAAGAGUGGGACAAACUGGCACAGUGGGCCGUCAAACAUCAGGUCUACUCCAACAAUGUGCGCUGGCUCAUUCAAGUGCCACGACUCUUUGACGUCUACCACACAAAGAAACAACUGAACAACUUCCAGGAGAUGCUUGAAAACAUCUUCAUGCCUCUGUUUGAGGCGACCAUCAACCCUGGCAGUCAUCCUCAGCUGCACCUCUUCCUCCAACACGUUGUGGGUUUUGACAGUGUGGACGAUGAGUCCAAACCUGAGCAGCACAUCUUCAACCUGGACAGUCCACUGCCGGCCAACUGGACAGAGGAGGACAACCCACCCUAUUCCUACUACCUCUACUACAUGUAUGCAAACAUGACUGUGCUCAAUCACCUGCGGAGGCAGCGGGGACUUAACGUGUUUGUCCUGCGUCCUCACUGUGGAGAAGCUGGGCCCAUCCAUCACCUGGUGUCUGGGUUCAUGCUGUCAGAGAGCAUCUCCCACGGGCUGCUGCUCAGGAAGGCUCCUGUACUGCAGUAUCUGUACUACUUGGCUCAGCUAGGCAUCGCCAUGUCUCCUCUCAGCAACAAUAGUCUCUUCCUCAGUUACCAUCGCAAUCCUCUCCCAGAGUAUCUGUCCAGAGGUUUGAUGGUGUCUCUGUCCACAGACGACCCUCUGCAGUUUCACUUCACCAAGGAGCCGUUAAUGGAGGAGUACAGCAUUGCUGCUCAGGUCUGGAAGCUGAGCUCCUGUGACAUGUGUGAACUGGCCAGAAACAGUGUUCUGAUGAGUGGAUUUUCUCAUAAGGUGAAGAGCUGCUGGCUCGGUCCAAACUACACCAUGGAAGGACAGGAGGGGAACGACAUCAGGCGCACUAACGUCCCUGACAUUCGCGUAGCAUACCGCUGUGAGACCAUGUGUGAGGAGUUGAAUUUGAUCACACAGGCCAUCCGCACCGACGAGCUGGAGACCAUCGAGGAGGAGGGCAGUCUGUGUAUGGGAGCGGUGCAGGGCACAGAGAAGUGAAGGGGAAGCACAGCACAAAGAAAAAUCUCACCACAUUCCAUGUUUCUCCACAUCAGAACCUUGCACAUAAACUCAUCACUGCUGUGAAAGGUGAGAAGCUCUGUCCACACACUGUAAGAUGCUACUGGAUCAAAAGGUGAGAGGACCAGCGAUCUCUGUAUGCCCAAAUUGUCGGCCAUCUUUCUGUUGUUUCAUCUUUUAUUUUUAGUCUGGCAAUAGUUACAUCAGAGGAACUUCAUUUUUCAAAAAAAAAAACAAAAAAACACUAUAAGAAAGACUAAUAAAUAAUUUAGGCAAGUGAGGAAAACAUUUUCAUCUUACAGUUUCUGAUCAGAUUUACUAACUAAAGAAAAUAUUUAUUUUUCAUAUUUAGGACUUUAUUGUCUAAAUGGCUAUGGGGAGGCAUUAGUAGAAAAUGUGGGCCUCAAGGAUGGACAGGUCAGAAGGUCGUCGUAGGGA